GCCCCCCGCGGCUCGCCGAGGCUGCUAGGUGCCGCGGCCGGCCGCCAUUGUGCGCUGGGCGCCGCGCGCGGCCCCACCCGCGCAGGCGGCACUAGGCGAGCAGCCGCCCCGGGGCAGCGCCGGCAGCUCGCCGACCUCCGCCCCGCCCCGCCGGCCGCUGCAGCAGAGCCUGCGGGCGCAGGCGGCGCGAGGAUGGAGGGCGACCGGCUGGAGCCCUCUGUUACCAUAAAGAAUAUUGAAAGAGAGCUCAUCUGCCCAGCAUGCAAGGAACUAUUUACCCAUCCACUGAUCCUUCCCUGUCAGCACAGUAUUUGUCACAAAUGUGUAAAAGAAAUUCUCUUCACACUCGAAGACUCUUUCACCGAUGGAGGCUCUGAAUCCUCUAAUCAGAGUAGCCCUCGAAUUCGAAUCCAUUCUCCUAGCAUGGAUAGAAUUGACAGGAUUAGUAGAUCAGGAUUUGCUGUCUAUACAGGCAGAAAACGCAAUUCACUGACUCCUAGAACAACUAUGUUUCCUUGUCCUGGCUGUCGGCAUGAUAUUGAUCUUGGAGAACGUGGCAUCAGUGGCUUAUUUCGAAACCUUACUUUGGAAACCAUUGUGGAAAGAUACAGGCAGGCAGCCAGGGCAGCCACAGCUAUUAUGUGCGAUUUCUGCAAACCUCCAGCUCAAGAAUCCACAAAGAGCUGCAUGGACUGCAGUGCAAGCUAUUGCAAUGAAUGUUUCAAAGUAUACCAUCCUUGGGGAACUGUAAAAGCCCAGCAUGAGUAUGUAGGACCAACCACCAACUUCAGACCCAAGAUUUUGAUGUGCCCAGAACAUGAAAUGGAGAGGGUAAACAUGUACUGUGAAAUUUGCAGAAGGCCUGUUUGUCAUCUUUGUAAACUGGGUGGAUCUCAUGCAAACCAUAGAGUAACAACUAUGAGCACUGCCUACAAAACCCUUAAGGAGAAGCUUUCAAAAGAUAUAGAAUACCUCAUCAGUAAGGAGAGCCAGGUAAAAAGUCAAAUCUCUCAGCUGGGUCUCCUGAUGAAGGAAACAGAGUGCAAUGGUGAGAGAGCUAAAGAAGAAGCAUCUCAGAAUUUUGAGAAACUAUUUGAUGUUCUGCAAGAGAAGAGAUCAGUAGCUCUCAGGGCAAUAGAAGCAUCUAAGAAUUUAAGGCUGGAGAAACUACAAACCCAAAUAGAAGAAUAUCAAGGUCUUCUGGAAAAUAACGGCCUUGUAGGAUAUGCUCAAGAAGUGCUCAAAGAAACUGAUCAGUCUUGUUUUGUCCAAACAGCAAAACAACUUCAUGUCAGAAUCCAGAAGGCUACUGAAUCUCUAAAGAGCUUCAGGCCAGCAGCUGAAACUUCUUUUCAAGACUUUGUGGUGGACGUAGCGAAGCAAGAAGAGGUCCUUGGUGACUUGUCCUUCUAUUCCAGUGGUCUAGGUGUACCAGAAAUCAAUGAAGAAAAAAGCAAAAUGUACAACAAGGCUGUGAUCAGUUGGGAAUGUCCUGGGAAAGCAGAUUCAGCUGAUAUCUAUGUCCUUGAGUAUCGGAAGCUUAAUAAAGACGAGGAGAGUGUGACGUGGCAGGAGAUCGAAGUUUGCAGCAAGAGCAAAGUAAUAUCUGAUCUUGAUAACAACAGUAGCUAUGCCUUUAGAGUUCGAGGAUAUAAAGGGUCCAUCUGCAGCCCUUGGAGCAGAGAAGUUAUCUUGCAUACACCUCCAGCUCCAGUUUUUAGUUUUCUUUUUGAUGACAAAUGUGGGUACAACAGCGAACAUCUCCUGCUGAACCCAAGAAGGAGCUCUGUGGAAAGCAGGGCUGGAUUUCCUCUGCUGCUAGGAGCUGAACGCAUACAGGUUGGAUGUUACACAACCCUGGAUUACAUCAUUGGCGACACUGGGAUUGCCAAAGGAAAGCAUUUCUGGGCUUUUCAUGUGGAAGCCCAUUCAUACCUGGUGAAAGUGGGAGUUGCUUCUAGCGCCAAGAUACAGGAAUGGCUUCAUAAUCCCCGUGAUGUGACCAGCCCAAGAUACGAACAAGACAGUGGUCAUGACAGUGGGAGUGAAGAUACCUGCUUUGAAUCAUCACAGCCUUUUACACUGGUCACUUUAGGCAUGAGAAGUUUCUUUAUCCCCAAGGCACCUGCUGCCCCAAAAGAUUCAGCGAGCAGAAUUCUUCCCAUGCCAUCGUGUAUCGGGGUCUGCCUUGACUAUGACAAAGGCAAGGUUGGCUUCUAUGAUGCAGAUCAUAUGAAAUGCCUUUAUGAGCGCCAGGUGGACUGCUCUGGUAUAAUGUAUCCGGCAUUUGCUUUAAUGGGUGGCUCAGGAAUUCAUCUUGAGGAAGCCAUCGCAGCAAACUACUUGGAGUACCAAGAUGACAUAUAAUACAGUGAUCUCUUCCCAUUGCUGUUUUGAGAUGGAAAAUGAGAAGUGUUCUGCCUUAGCGUUCAGUCCUAAUUAAUUACAUCAUAUUUAAGUGCUGCACAAAAGCGUUUGGGUCAUGUUUUUUUUAAACAAAUGGCCCAGUCGCUUCUACAAGUGGGAAACGUUCUUCCAGCAGCUCUCCUGCCUUUCUUGUGAUCUGUGCGAUGCUGUUCUCCGCAGACUUUCUUCCCAGGGGGAGGCGGUUGGGAAGAAGUUUGAUUAGCAACCAAAAUUUCUCCUCGGGGUGGAAAUCUGCCUUUUAAGUAAUUUAAAUCCUUACAUAGUUGGUUUUGCAUUAAUGGAGUCAAAGCUGCCAGUGUGUGAUUGCCAUUAUCCUUUAAGAAAUCUGCCUGAAUGCAUUUGAGUGGUCAAAUGCUUUCUGACUAAUCCAUGAGCACCACUAGGGUGGGCCUUUUAGUACUAAAUAACACUUGCACAAAUACAAAGCAGUGAGAAAUCAAAACUGCAGCUGAACGUUUAGGUUGUAUUUGGAAGGAGAAGGGUAAACUAAAAACUGAUCGUAUUUCAUGUAUCUUUAAUGUGACUAUAAGCUAAAACUCUAAUUCUGACACCUGGUGUAUAGUUGGUGGCAUAAUGGUAAUUUUUUUUGCUCUUCCAGGUUUUUAGUAUAGGCUACAUAAAAUAAAGAAAGUGCAAUUUGACCUUAAACAUCAGACUUCUAAGUGUGAAGUCUGAAUUAUUUGCAUGUAUGAGUAAUAGUACCUGGUAUGUGGGCAAAAGCAAAUGAGUUGUUGACACAAGUAAUGAAAUGCGAACUUUUAAAUUCAGGUAUUUCUCUUAAUACAUGUUUUAUAAGUUAACUUUGUACCUAAUAAAGGCUUGUUUUUAGUAAGAAUGUUAAAAAUGCACUGAUUAAGUUUUGAGACCCAAAUUUUGCCUUAAAGGGUGUCUCUGUUCAAAUUUCUGUUCCUCUCAUGUUAAAAACUGUAUUGGGUAGUAGUGUUUGCAUCUGUCUGGAAGGAAUCUGUGUAAAAAUCCAUUUGAGUACUUGCACUGUUAGCUUGCAUCGUGAAAAAUAUGGAUCUAAAGUGAAGGAUGUUUCUAACACAUACUCGGUGCUUUCUGAUUUUGGGGUAUAGUAGCCUAUCUUGAUGAAUGUGUGUGAAGUAUGCUCACUAAGUACAUGUAUACAGUUGUGGAAAUGGGACCUGAAAAUCAGUAUACGCUUAAAUGAAUGUAGGUCAUAAUGCAAAACCUGAGCUACGCUUUGCUGUGUGGACUGUCAUGCUGAUCAGAUCUAGAGUCUGCCUCUCCCAGUGUCCUCUCUCCUAAGCCUCCAUCCAGCGGCCACUGUUGGAAGAUAAGAAAGGGGCGAUGUGGAGGGGUUGUUCUCCUGCCACACACUCCCAGCCUCUGGUGACUGGCAGGAAAGUCACCUGCACCAAGGUGAGUGCGAUAGCCCUGUGGGGGCUAGGUAGGCUCAGCAAAGGCAACCUCUUGUGUGUGUCUUACCAUUAAUGCUCUUGCCUUACUAACACUGUGGGGCAUUAAGCUCCACAGCUUAAUCAUGUGAUUGUGUAAGAAAUACUUUGAUAGAUUUAGGCAGCAGUUUGAAAACAGGGGGUAUUUCUUGGGACUUAUCCUGCAGGGGAAAUGGCAAAUCGUUUGUCACUAGUCAUCCUUUAGGUUAUUUCUCUGUGUAGCAGAUGUUUAUCAUAGUCUUUCCUUCUCAUCACACCCUCCCCAUCUUUGUAUUUUCCAUAUCCAUAUUUCCUAUCUACCUAGUUGCUCAUGACAUGGAAGCUGCUCUGUGCUUGUGAGCAUCCUGUUGCCCCUCUUUGUCUUUUCUCACCUUUCAAGGCCGAGUAGAGCAGCACUCCAUACAGACACUCUGCUGCUGUGAAGGCUCACAAGGUUCUGGGUUUUGUUUUUUACCAUGGUUGUAAAAUUGUAUUUGCCUUUUUGGUUCAUAGUAAAUACCAGGCUGGUGUUUUCUGAGAUUCUUUUGCAAUGUUUUCUGCAUGAUCCUAAUGAUGAGUUCUAAACAAGCUAUGCACAUGCAGGGUUUCCCCACUCUGUGUGUUAUUUUGUAUUUAUUAAUGUUGAAUUUCAUCUGCCAGUUUGUCUAGUGACUUAGUCCUGAUGACCUCCUGCAGCUCUUCACAAUAAUUUCUAGACUGGAUUGUUCCUGAGUAAUUUUGUAGGUAACAGAAGUAUCUUUUUUGUUUGCUUCCUUUCCUAGAUCACUGAGGAGUACCUUGAAUAACUUAAAUUGUAGUGAGACCCAGCAGAUCUCCUUCCAUUGUUAAAAUUUAUUGUUCCUUCCAUUUUUGUUUUCUGUUCAAUGAACUAUUGAAAACGUCUAAAUUCUAGUACACUGUAUUGAUUAGAUCACUCAUUCUUUUGUGUGUGAGCUCAGUAAAGUCAAACAGAUCCAAGAGACAGGAUUCUCUCUUUAGUAGCUGUGUCUUUUCCCAUCACCAUUUGUCCAUUUAUCUACCAAAUCUAGUAUAAGCUUAAAGCUAUAGAUUUUGGAGGGUUUGACUUUCUGGUCCGUUGUUCCCAGAUCAAAUCUUUUUCUACAAAUGAGUAUCACAUAUGUCACUUUUGAUUCCUCUGUUUCAGUAACUGGUCUAAAUGGCACAUUUUAUGUCAUGGUUAGCAUUCCACACUUCUGCAUUGGGAUUCUUUGGAAACAUCUGGAUCAAUAUCGCUAGGAUGUAGCAGUUCAUAACUGUUUAUUUUAAAGAAAUCUUUAUAAACUGAACACUUUGUCUUAAAUACCGAGAGUCCCUCAGACUCAUUCCUUAUUUAAAAAAAAAUUAAAUUGUCCCAGUUUGAGAAUAGAGGUAAGGGAUGAAGAAUUCUUUUUUUUUUUCCCACUCUGGCCUUAUCUUACAUUCAUUUAAGAUGUGCUCAGCUAUGCAAUUACUUACUCUACUGGACAGAGACUGAUGCUACUUUAUAAACUCUUCCUUUGACAAGAACAUUUAUCUACGUUUUUAUAUGUCUGUUUGUAUUUAUCUCAGUUUAAAAAUUGAUUUGGCAUUUGGUGUUACUUGAAUACUUUGGACACAUUCAUUACAGUACUAUAUGGUGCUUACUCCCACUUAUUAAAUAGAAAACAUACUGUUAGAGGCAAAGGAUUUUUUCACUACAAUGAAAAAGUGUCAUCUCUUUGAAAUGCAGUUCAGUGGUACUUGCGUAUCCAGAUGCUUUUUUUUUUCCGAAACAAGUUUCUUCCUACAAAACAGCACUUUACAAUGUAGACUAAGCUAAGAAUGGUGUGGUAUUUGUGUGGAUCCUUGUGCAAUAUAGCUGUUUGGUGACUACUGUGUGAUCUGCAAAGCUCCAUGCAGGUGUGAAUCGUGUAGACCCUUUUUCUUAAAUAUCUAAAGCUUUAACAAGAAGGCCUCGUUUAAAAAUAUUCUGAAAUGUAAAUGUGAUGUCACUUUUUUUUUUAAUAAAAGCUGAAAAUCCA